AUGGGUAAGGGCAAGAAUAAAAAUCAUGAGGUCCGUAGUACCCGUCCCGGCAGAGGUGCUAAUGGCCAUAAUUCUAAGCAAAACCAUAAACAUAUGGAGAUGAAGCAUGGUGGUGCCAGUAAUUCCAAUAAGACGAACUUUCCUGUUAAAUUAGGAAUGUGGGAUUUUGAUCACUGUGAUCCAAAGAGGUGUAGUGGUAAGAAGCUAGAAAGGUUGGGCUUAAUAAGGUCUUUGAGAGUUGGUCAAAAAUUUCAGGGUGUUGUAGUUACUCCCAAUGGGACAGGGGUAGUGUGUCCUAAUGACAAAUCUAUUGUAGAAGAACACGGUGCGUCUGUAGUAGAGUGCUCAUGGGCUAGGCUGGAUGAGGUUCCUUUUAACAGAAUCGGUGGACGUCAUGAAAGAUUACUACCAUAUUUAGUCGCUGCAAAUCAAGUGAAUUAUGGCAGACCAUGGAAAUUAAACUGCGUAGAAGCACUAGCAGCUUGCUUUGCCAUUGUAGGAAGAAUGGAUUGGGCUAGUGAACUACUAUCAAAUUUUUCUUAUGGACCCAGUUUCUUAGAGAUAAAUGCUGAACUGUUGGAGAUUUACCAACAGUGCACAGAUGCAGAAUCAGUAAAGGAUGCAGAAUCAGCAUGGUUAGAGAAGAUUGAAAAAGAAAUCAAAGAUCGUAAGGCUCAAGCAAAGAAUGAAGAUAUAUGGAUGACUGGGAACGUCAAUAGGAUGCCAGCUGCAUCUCAAGAGAGCGAUGAAGAAGAAGACGAAGACGAAGACGAAGAAGAAGAAGAGGAAGAAGAGGAAGAGGAAGAGAAAGAGGAAGACGUGAAAGAGGAUGUAUCGGUUGCAUAG